AUGGAAACAGAACCACAAAAGACACCACAGUUUAUUCAAAUUGUGGCAUCCAUAGCAUCAAGGGCAUGGUAUUCCCUAAUAACAUUAUGCGGCAAGCUUCCAGGAGGAGAAUAUGUGAUUAAUUAUGUUCGUGCCUCUCAUAAGAAUGAUCCUUGGAGAACCUUCUUGGAAAUACUUCUUGCUUUACUUGCAAUUAGGUAUUUUCUGGCAUCUAGAUACUCUCAAGAUGAAAAGGACAAAGUUUCACUGACUGAGAAAGAGGUUGAUGAAUUAAUUGAUGAUUGGGUUCCUGCUCCUAUUGUUCCGAAGCUUAGAAAGGACGAAAGAUGGCAGCUUGAUUCAAUUCCACUUAUACAUGGCCCGGCUUCGACUCGUGUCACAGUUGAGGAUCCUCACACGGGUAAGAAGACUUCAGAUGUUUUGAACUUCACUUCCAAGGACUUUCUUUGUAUGGGAACGAAUAGCAAAGUUAAGGAGGAAUCUAUCAAGGAGAUGAGAGCCGCUGGUGUUGGUGCUUGUGGCCCUCCAAAUUUCUAUGGUACUCAGGAUGUCCAUGUUCGUGUUUGCGAAGAUCUAGCAAAGUUUCUUGGCGCAGAAGAAGGUAUCAUUUAUGGUCAGGAUUACUGUACACCCACCUCUGUUCUUCCAUGUUUCCUCAAGCGUGGUGAUAUUGUUGUUGUGGAUGGUGGUGUUAGAUUGGCACUACAAAAAGCUGCUUUGAUUUCGCGUUGUGACGUUGAAUGGUUUAAUCACAACGAUCUUGAUCAUUUAGAACAAAUUCUCUCAAAUCUGGAGGAUGAUUUGAAAGAUGGUCCUCUAAAUCGCCGUUUUAUUGUUACGGAAGGUUUGUUCGAAAAUUUUGGUGACUCUCCAGAUUUAAAACGUUUAGUCGAGAUUAAAAAUCACUAUAAGUUCCGUUUAUUCCUUGAUGAGACAAAUUCUGUGGGUACUCUCGGUCCGAAUGGAAGAGGCUUACCUGAGGUCUAUGGUAUUCCGAGAACAGAGAUUGAAAUUACCGUUGGUUCUAUGGCUCAAUCGCUGGGUUCAAGUGGUGGUUUCUGUGUUGGAUGUCACGAUAUGAUUUAUCAUCAAAUUCUUUCCUCAAAUGCCUACGUUUUCUCUGCCUCGUUACCACCUUACUGUGCGACGGCGGCUUCUACGUCAAUUCAUUUAAUUGAGGAUGCUGAAAAUAAAGAUGACCCUAGUAAGUCUAAUCCUUUGAUCAAGCCUUUGAAGGAUAACAGCAAACUUCUUCAUAGGCUUUUUAAUGAGUCCAAUUCCCUAAAGAAUCUUAUAUUUGUUAGAUCAACCGGAUACUCUCCCGUCCUUCAUAUGAGGAUUAAUUCAAACCUUCGUAAAUCUUUGGGACUUCCCGAAGGUUAUGGCGGUCCAGGUUCAUUCGUCAGUAAAGCCGUUAAAAGGGGACACGAAAGCAAGUAUUUUGAUGUUCAAUAUAACACUGAGAAUUAUGUCUUGCAACAGGUUAUAAAUAAGUGUUUGGACGAUAAAGUUUUGAUUACAAGAUCAAAACGUGUCUUGCACCAUGAACUCUUACCUGUUGUUCCCGAACUUAUACUCCAUUCUAAUUCAAAGUUCACAGAGGAAGAUAUAAAGCAUGCAUACAAUGUGAUUGAAAAGGCAACUAUUGAUGUGCUCGGCAAUCUUAAUAAGGAAAGGUUCGAUCAGUAUACUAAAGAAUUAUUAGAGUGUGAAUUCUCGAGAAUUUCUGCAACUAUACCAAUGCAUAUACAUCAUUUGACACUCUAA